AUGGAUUGGGAGCCCCUGAGGGCCCGAGUUGAGUGCUGGACGCCAUCAAACCAUCCUUCUCCGUCCUUCGUCCCCGACCACCAUCUAGGAGAAAAGGCCAUCCCUCCAUCUUCUUCCUUUUUCUUCGCUUUGAUUUCAUCUCAAAAAAUCAGCCUUUUUCUUCUUGUCUUGCUGCAGACCAAUUCGCAUUUUUCCAGAGGAGAGAGAGUCCAUUCACUCAACAAGCAAGGCCUCUCAGCGCUCACGACUAUCUCACGCUUUAGCUCUCACAGCGGCGCAUUGAUUGCGACUUGUCUGUGUUGUUCAUUCCAUCUUCAACACUCUACUUUCAACGACUCUUUCUAG